GCGGACUAGAUGUCGUCAUCCCUGACGUCAUCUCUGUGAGUCGCAAAAGUGUCAGAACAUGCAGAACACGCACACAGAUGGUCUAUUUUGAUGAUAGCUUCAUAGUGCAGUUUGUAUUCGUUCGAGCUUUCCCCGGUAAAUUGUCAUUUCAGUUUCAGUGAAAAGUUGUUAAAGGAAACCGACAAAGUGUCCCUAUUGCAUCAGAAAGUGGGACUGGUUAUCAGGUGGUCUUCUGAAGUGUAGAAUGGCAAGCUAGCUAACAGCAGGCACUCAGCUAGCUUAAGCAUUAAUUUUCAUAAAGAAACCAAAUACAACAAUUACUGUACCCUGUGAAGUGAUUUGCUGAAAAAAUGGACGAAGGAGAGUUGGUGGAAUACUUCAGAACUCAGAUGAGCCAAGACCCAGAUGUUGCUUCUGCAGUGGCUGCUAUUCGCUCGCUCCUGGAGUUCCUGAAAAGAGACCAAAGUGAGACCAUCUUGGGCCUGAGAGAGAACCUGACGCAGGCCAUCGGGCGGCUCCAGUUGGCCGACUCCUCUGUAGCCGUGUCCUCAGGAGGAGAGCUCUUCCUGCGCUUCAUCACCCUGACGUCACUAGAGCACCAGGACCUGUCUCAAUGCAAGAAGGUGAUGGUAGAAAGAGGAGAGCUAUUCCUGAAGAAGAUUUCCCUCUCCAGAAACAAAGUUGCCAAACUUUGCCACAAUUUCAUCAAAGAUGGAGCAAAAAUCCUGACCCACUCAUCCUCCCGCGUGGUGCUCAAAGUGCUGGAGAAUGUGGCGUUGGAUAAGAAACGCUUCAGCGUCUACGUCACAGAAUCCCAACCUGACUCCGCAGGACAUCAAAUGGCUGAAAAACUGCGGAAGCUUAACAUCCCCGUCACAGUAAUCCUUGAUGCAGCAGUGGGGUAUGUGAUGGAGAAGGUGGACCUGGUGAUUGUUGGAGCAGAGGGGGUUGUGGAGAGUGGAGGCAUUAUAAAUAAGAUUGGCACCUAUCAGAUGGCUGUGUGCUCCAAAGCCCAUAAUAAACCCUUCUACGUGGUGGCAGAGAGCUUCAAGUUUGUCCGCCUUUAUCCUCUCAAUCAGCAAGAUGUUCCUGAUCGAUUUAAGUACAAGGCCCACACACUGAAGACCGCGGAGAACCUGGACAAAGAGCACCCCAUGAUCGACUACACGCCUCCCUCCCUCAUCACACUGCUCUUCACAGACCUGGGCGUGCUCACCCCCUCCGCCAUCAGCGAUGAACUCAUCAAGAUCUACUUAUGAAUCUGGCUGGGGCAACUCUACUCCCCUCCGCUACACCCCCCAAUCAAUCAACUCAUUCUACAGUGUCAAAGGGACAUGAUGCAGAUCUCCUCUUACAUGCAGCUCAGUUACAAGAAGAUAUAACCUUUGUGGACAAGAUGACCAGUCCGUUGCACCUACUUGGGUGAUGAAGUGCUAUUGGUCUGCAUUCAUUUGUUUUGCAAACCAGCUGUGGAAUAUUAAAAUUUGAGGAUUUAUGA